AAGUAAUAUUAAGGAACAUGUAUGGUUUUAACGGUGAAUGAAAAUGUAGUUUCCGGUGUGUUUGCAGUGACUCCAGUGAGCUUGAUAGUUGUUGCAGUCAGGGUCGACUUCAGAGAGGGCGAGGGGUCUGUGGAGCCUCCCACUGGGUGCACAGCGUGUCAUGGACGCACUGAAGGAAGGCCAGAUGAGCAGCCUAAGCUCGGGUAAGAUGGUGGCUCUGGCCGCAGGGCUGUCUGUCGGCGCCACAGUGGGCUACAUCGUCUACCGCCAUAUAAGCAGUCCCACCAGCUGUGAGGGACCCGACACUGAGGUAUCCAAGAUGUCCCUUCCUGUAGAAGUCUACAGGAACAUUUCCAGAUACCAGGCCAAGUUUUUAGACAUGGUGACCCAGAAGUCUGGAGCUCAUGUCCAGGUUCUGUCAGACUCAGGAGAGCACACGUCCGUGUGUUUCAUGCUGAAGGGCUCCAAAGAGCAGGUCCUGCUGGCCCGCUGUGUGCUGGAGAACCUGGUGACUGAAUGUGAGCCUGUGACCGAGGCUUUGGAGGUUCCUCAGACCGCUUUAGGGCGGAUAAUAGGUCGUGGAGGAGAGAGUUUGAAACUGAUCACCAGGACCACGGGGGUUAAGGUGUUUUGUCCCAAAGAGAAAGCCCACGUUCCCGGGGCAAACGGCAGCAUGACGAUCACAGGGACCAGAGAUGAGGUGAAACAGGCCAAAGAGUUGAUUCUAGAAAAGGUCAGAGAGGACACGAUGGUGAGGAUGAAGAUCUCACAGUCCUCUGCCCAGCGAAAGAAACGUGGUCACACGGCUGUGAACCAGAGACCAGAGGAGACAGAGACUGAAGUACCCGUAGGCUUGAACAACAACGGCCCCUACGUGCAGACGGAGAAAAACGGGCUCAUUCAUACGCACAGGACCCCUGUAGAAGAAGCAGAUGAUAUCUUUGGAAAGAUGGAGGAGCUGCAGAUCAUCAAUAAGGCGACGGAGCAGGAGGAGAGCAUGUCCACAGACUCCAUCUCUGAAAUUUCUAAGUUUGAAAUUCCCAGCCCGGAUCUCAGCUUUCAGCCUGACGAGCACCUUGAGGUUUACGUUUCUGCUUACGAGAACCCGAACCACUUCUGGAUCCAGAUUCUUGGCGUUCGCUCCCUGCAGCUGGACAAACUGACGGAGGAGAUGAACCGCUUCUACAGCAGCGGCAGCCCCACUGAACAGAAGGUGGAGACGGUUGUGGUCGGGGAUAUCGUGGCGGCUCCGUACAGAGACCACAGCACAUGGAACCGGGCGAGGGUGCUGGGAGUCCUCAGCUCUGGACUGGUGGACCUCUACUAUGUGGACUUUGGAGACAACGGGGAGCUGCCCAGAGACGGCCUCUGCCGGAUGAGGAGCGACUUCCUCAGCUUGCCAUUCCAAGCUAUUGAGUGCAGCUUAGCAGGAGUGAGACCAAAAGGUGAUGUUUGGACCGAAGCCGCUCUGGAUGACUUUGAGGAGCUGACGUUCUGUGCCUGUUGGAGACCCCUGCAGGCCAAACUGUGCAGCUACUCACACUCAGACAUCUCCUCCUGGCCCAGCGUCAGGCUCUACGACAGCAGUGAGGGCAAGACCGUAGAUAUCGGUGAGGAGCUCGUACGGCGGGGUCAUGCUGUCGGCUUCCAGGAGGUGGUGAACGGGAGGACUGAGGGGGAAAAUCUGGGCUGUCUGCAGAGGAUGCUGGAUGAUGUCAUUGGAGCUUCAUCCGAGCUCAGUCUCUCCUGUAUCAGCUUAUCAGAAGCUGCCUCCAUCUCAGGAAGUGUUGACGACGGUGCUGAGGAGGAGCUGCUCUGACACCAAAGACACACAUUCGAUUAAAGCACUGACCAUCCCACUCCUCAGCAUCAGUUCAUGAGAUGAAGGGGGGCGUGUCCUUGUCUGACCCAAACUCAACCACAUAGAUCCUCAUCAAGAAGCCUUACCUACUUGAAGCGCAGGCGGCAGUUCUUCCAGCCAUAUAUUCACUUUAUCGUUGUUACAUCAGGUCACAAUGAAAUGUUCUGUUUGGCCUUCAUAAUGUUCUGUUGUAGCCGAUGCUGCUUUGCUUAUCCGUGUUGUUGAUUUGUGUCUUAUUUUGUGUUGAAGAAAUGAAGAGAGGAACAAAAAGAACCGAAUGCCAGUAUUAUUUUUUGAAGAGCACUGUGAUAUCUAUCAGAGAGACCAGAGGGCAGCUGGUACGCUAAAAGGUCUAGUUUAUUUCUCCAGAUGUAUGUACAUUGAGAUUAAAUCGCCUUUGUAUGAGGCUGCACAGGUUAUUAUAUUUUGAAAGUGAAACCGUAAAACAAUUAUUGAUUGUUCAGUAAAAAAAGUGACAUCAUACUGUGUCUUUAAUGACGAAGAAAGUGUUAGUUUGUCUUCAGAGGUGUAAUAGACUGCACUAUAUAUAAUAAAGGAUUUAUUUUAUGUCACAAGAA